UCACUCCCUGGGAAAACAGAGGAGUAUUUGGAGGCUUCAGAGGCAUGCAGGCUGCAGUCACUUCCUGGGAAGUGGAAGCAGGGUUGGAGUUGAUACACCCAGGGACAGGAGGGGAGACAGGGGGGUAGGAAGCAGUCAAGGGAGGAAGCAGUGAGAGUGGAAAGCCCAGAACUGCUGAGUUGAGGGUCCCUGGACCGGAACCCGGAAUAGGGGGUAGGCCCAGGUUCCUCUACAAGGCACUGAGGGUGUGGCAUAGACCAGUGGGGCAGUGAACUGGAAUACUGCCUGGGUCACCAUGGGAGUGACAGAGGAUUGAAGGACUGUACCCCAGAAGGAGGGAAAUGCUGAGUGACCUAGCCAGAGGGCUAAGCUGUGAAGAGCACACUGCAGUUUCUGGAGCGAGAAAGGGUCAGCAGACCAGAGAGCGAGUCAGAGCGACGGUGUACAAACUGCGGAAGGAGGAGUCUUCCUCAAGAGCUAAUCCCCUGAGUGACCAGGAGGAGGCUCCAGACCAGUGAAAGUAGACGUCACCAGCAGGGCUGUGAUGGAAAUAAUGACCAAGACAGUAGAAUAUCUUCAGCCCAACCCAGCUUCCAGAGCUAAACUCAACAUGAUCAACACAAUGUCAAAAAUUCGAGGGCAGGAAAAAGGACCAGGCUACCCUCAGGCUGAGGCCUUAUUGGCAGAAGCUAUGCUGAAGUUUGGAAGAGAACUCGGAGAUGAAUGCAACUUUGGCCCAGCCCUUGGUGAUGUUGGGGAAGCUAUGAGAGAGCUUUCUGAAGUCAAAGAUUCUUUGGACAUUGAAGUGAAGCAGAACUUCAUAGAUCCCCUGCAGAAUCUCCAUGAUAAAGAUCUGAGAGAAAUACAGCACCACCUGAAGAAAAUGGAAGGUCGACGCCUGGACUUUGAUUACAAAAAGAAAAGACAAGGCAGGCUUCCUGAUGAGGAGCUACGCCAAGCUCUGGAGAAAUUUGAUGAGUCCAAAGAAAUAGCCGAGUCAAGCAUGUAUAACCUUCUGGAGAUGGAUAUUGAACAAGUGAGUCAGCUUUCUGCUCUUGUAGAAGCCCAGCUGAAGUACCACAGACAGGCAACACAGAUCCUACAGCAAGUUACUGCCAAGUUGGAAGAGAGAAUAAAAGAAGCAUCAACUCAGCCCAGAAGAGAAUACCAGCCAAAACCCCGUAUGAGUCUUGAUUUUUCCAGUGGUGAGAAUACCCAGUACAAUGGAGGGAUAUCCCAGACCAGCACCCCAAAACCAACAGGUAUUCCAAUGGAUCAGCCAUGCUGCCGAGCUCUGUAUGACUUUGACCCUGAAAAUGAAGGGGAGUUGGGCUUUAAAGAGGGUGAUGUCAUUACCCUCACUAACCAGAUUGAUGAGAACUGGUAUGAAGGGAUGCUUCAUGGCCAGUCGGGCUUCUUCCCUAUCAAUUAUGUGGAUAUUCUGGUACCUUUGCCCCAUUAGGAUCGCUGACUCACCACCUCUUGACCCAGAUAGUCAUGUUGAUACCACUGCUUUCAAACUGCUGCUUACUACACCUCACAAGUGCAAACUGCAGUGGUUGAAGUCAUCAAGCCCCACUGAGCAUCUUGGGUUUACGUGUUGUCAUGCGGCAUAGUGGUGAUGCGUGGUAUCUUCUGAGGCAGCACAACGUGGCAUGCAGAUUUGUAUGCUAUGGUGUGCCAGCCCGCAGUAACCAGAGCCAUUGUUUGUAUAGUAUUGGGGAAACAAUGGCAAGCAAAAGUGAUGACUCCGUGAAGUAGAGGAAAUCCAGUGUGUUGUUGGGAAGAUAAUGCCUGUCACCACUGUAUUACUUUUAAGUCUUAGUUCUUGAUAAAAAAAGAGGGGAAAAGUUCUUUACAUUCCAUCUUUCUCUUCACAAGGAUACGGCUCACGCAGGUCUAAUAUUGACUCACCAGCAUUGUGUCUUCUGAUCAAAAUGAUUUAGAAUCAGUUACUGUUCUCAGCAAGCCAGUGUAAUGUUGACCCUACAGUUUCUCUGAAAGUGAACUACCAUUGUACUGUAUGUGCUGCCUACCUGCAACUGGUUUUAUAUUCUGGAUUGUUAAUAACAGGCCUGUUCAAUCUUCAGGUAAAUUGCAAACUAUAAAAAGAAAAGGCCAGUAAUAAAGAGCUUGGGUUACAAGCCAAAUGUGUCUGCUCUUCAGAAACUUUGAACACAAUAAACAAAAUGCCAGCAAGAGGGCAGGGUGGGGAAUAAAACUAUCAUAACUGUUAUGUAUUUCAUGUAAAGUUUUGGCACAAAAUCACACCAUUCAAGCACUGGGAGCCUUCAGUACACUCAUACACGGGGAAAAAACCAACAACCAACAGUCCUUUUUAUUUUUGUCUACUUUGUGUUUUUUGAACAUCAUUUGUGCAUAUUCUGCCCUCAAUGAGGACUAAAUAAAAUUAAUUUUUGUGCUGAGCAAUUAAAGACUUGUGGCCGUAUACGCAAAAAUGUUUCCCAUAAGUUUAGUUCGUUCUUUAAUCUUCCCCACCCUUCCUGCAUUUUGUGUGUACAGUGCUGUGCCUAGCUUAUCAGCAUUCUUUUUGUAACAGUUGUAAAAGUUCUAUUAGUUUAGUUAUCCAGAGUUCUAUUUAUCUAAAUUGUACAGACACUUUCAGAGGUUGAAUGUGCUGCUUUGGAUGUGCCACUUCAGUACUGGAUCCCAUGAAAUGAAGGCAAUCCUACUGCUUGAUGUAUAAACUAUAUUGUGGAAAGUAUUGAUAUUUCAAAUAAAUAAUGCUGACAGAAUAACCAGAA